CUCAGAGUUCAGAGGUAUGGCUCUACAGACGACAGCAGCACUCCAGAAGUCCGAAAUUAACGUCGAAGAGCUUUGCCUGGUUGCUCCUGCUCAAGCCACUGACGAUCAGCCGCUCUACCUCUCCAAUUACGAUCAGCAAGUCCUGUUUAACCUCGAGUCUGUGUACUUCUAUCCCCCGUCACCGCACAGGAGCGAUGAGAAUGUUGUCGACGUGCUACGAGCCGCACUGAGCAAACUUCUGGUCCCGUACCACUUCAUGGCUGGAAGGCUGAGAAUGAACGCCCGAGAGAAACGUGUCGAGGUAGAUUGCAACCGAGCAGGAGCACUUUUCGUCGCAGCCACCACCAAUGUCACACUCGCAGAUCUUCAAGACGGCCCGACUUUGGUCAGUCUUCUCAAAGACUUCAUUCUGCACUCGCCCGCCUCGCACCAAGUUUCCGAUGCCCCGCUUCUCACACUCCAGGUGACCAAGUUCAAAUGCGGAGGCUUUGUCGUUGGCAUUUCGAGAAACCACGCUCUCGUUGGCGGGACUUCGGGGGACGACUUCCUUGCAAACUUAACCGCUGCUGCAAGAGGACAAGAGUUCCCAGUGAAGCCGGUAGCGGAUAGGAGGCUGCUCAGAGCCAGAGAUUUACCCAAUCCCAGCUACGAGCACUUCGAGUAUAUGAAAGUUGACCAAGUACCCCAGGACAGCUACUUCACGACUCCCAAUUCACUGUCUCAACUGAAGCUGAAUGGUAACUUUGGAGCACACUUUGGACUCUGGAAAACCUUCAAUUUUCCCACCGAAGUGCUGAAUUCUCUGAAGGCCCGAGCUCUAGCAGACGGUUUGCUGUCCAGGUGCACAACCUUCGAAGCGCUCGCCACCAAAGUCUGGCAAGCCCGAACCCAGGCUCUAAGCAUGGAUCCUGAUCAAACUUCCAACUUGGUCUUUGUUGUCGACAGCCGAAAGGUACUGACUCCAUCUCUUCCGGUAGGAUUCACUGGCAACACCCUCAGCUUAGCCUGUGCCAGAAUGCCACCUCGAGAUCUAGCUGAGAAACCGUUCUCGGCCUGUGUCGAGGAAGUCCAAGUUGCCAAAGCCAGAAUUACGGACGGCUACGUGAGGUCUGCAAUAGACUGGCUGGAGCUGAAUCACGCUGUCCCGGCUGUUAACAGUGGCAUCUACCUUUCGUCCUGGGCGAAUUUUUCCUUCCACAAAGUCGACUUUGGCUGGGGACCUCCCAGCCAUACAAUCUUCAUCCCCGGCGAGAGAGGCAACAACUGCGUUAUUUUCCUUCCCAGCAAGCAAGGCCUCGAUGUCUGCCUCGCUCUAGAACCGCAUCAAGCGUCGGCCUUCCAAAACUGCACAGGGAGUAUCCUCAAAUGGCCACCACCUCCCCGUUCCCGUGCCGAAAGCUAUGCGACACAACAACGAGCUGGAACCGGUAACCAAGCACGUUACUACUCCACUUCUAGUAAUAUCAUAGGUGCCUUGAGAAAGAACUUAAAAAGAUGGCGAAUCUGAAAGUCGCAUGUGACAAAAAGCUGUGGAAAGGAAAAAGAAUAAUCCACUCACAACU